AUGCUCUCUUUGGAAUAUUCAAAAAAGCUUUUCAAUAGAAAACAUAAUCGAUGCUGUUGCGAAAAAUGUUAUCCAGCUUGUAGUCAAGACUUUUAUGUGGAAGGAGGUUUCAAAUAUGUCAUUCCACGUGGUUGGGUCCGUUUCGGGCUCUAUAUUGAUGAUGCACAAACAGCAGCAGCUGAAAAUAUAUGGAACAAAUCGGUUGUAAGCUAUCAUGGCACAACUUCUGAAGCAGCGAAGUCCAUUAUAGAACAUCAUCAAUUUCUUCUUCCAGGAGAUCAAUGUAUCGGUGGAUAUGUCAUUGGAAUACGCAAAGGACAUAUUCCGAACAAAUUUCAAGUAUAUACAUCUCCAACCAUCGCGUAUUCAGGUGAUGAUAUCUAUAGUCCAUCUAUUUCAUUUCGUUCAACUUCAGGACAAUCUUACAGAGCUAAAGUCGUGCUUCAAUGUCGUCAACAACCUGGAACAUAUAAGAUCCAAGCUGAAACCAUUGGUGCCGAUAGCAGACGUAUAUGUUCCAUUAUUCCUAACAGCGAAGUAGAAUACUUUACAGAAGUAUGA